AUGGCAAUGCUUCUUGGUCAAUUCCGUGUAUACAUGAGUGCUAAUACUUUUUGUGCCACUGAAGGAGACAUUGUUGAAAACAUGAAUUCUGCUGAAGUUCUGAAUUCAUUGAAUUUUCCUGAACUUCCAAAUCAUCAUUUGGAAUUGAAAAAAGGAGCACCCAUAAUUCUUUUGAGAAAUCUUAAUCAGUCGGAGGGUCUUUGCAAUGGAACUCGACUUAUCAUUACCAGACUGGGAGAUAAAGUUAUCGAAGCAGAAGUUAUGACAGGAUCCAAUGUUGGAGAUUUAGUACUAAUAUCUCGAAUCUCUUUAACACCUCAGAAUAUACGCACUCCUUUCCCAAUUAAAAGGAGGCAAUUUCCAGUGAAAGUAGCAUUUGCAAUGACUAUUAACAAAAGUCAAGGUCAAACAUUGAGCAAUGUUGGUGUUUACCUUCCUGAACGUACUUUUUCUCAUGGUCAACUUUAUGUUGCUCUUUUCCGUGCUACUUCUCCAUUUGGAUUGAAAAUACUCACUAUUAAUAGAGAUAGUGAUCCAUGGAACUACACAAAGAAUAUUGUAUAUCGAGAGGUUUUUGAGAAUCUUUCAUAA